UAAUUUUAUCUUAAACAGGACAAAGUGUCCAAACACAGAAAAACAACUCCUGAAGCAACUGAGAUUCCAAAACACACUGUUAUAAAGAUGGCAUUUAUUAAAGAAGAGAGUGAAGACAUGAAGAUUGAAGAAGCAUUCAGAGUCAAACAUGAAGAUACUAAAAAACAAACAGACUUGAUGGCACUGAAAGAAAAGAAUGAAGAACUGAAUGAAACUCAAGAGAAAGAUCAAAAUGAAAAACAGCAUGAUUUCAAACCUGAAGAAGAAUCGAUUAGUUCCUCACAAACUGAAAAGGCUUCCUCACCCAAAAAAACUCAAAAAACACAAAGUACAAACCUUCACUCCUACAUUAGAGUUCAUACUGGAGAGAGCUCUUUCACCUGCCAAAAGUGUGGACAAAUUUUCAAUCAGAAAGGAAGCUUUACAAUGCACAUGAAAUUUCACAUUGAAAAGAAGCCAUUAAUAUGCCCUGAGUGUGGAAAGUGUUUUCGACGGAAACAGUACCUUAAUGUCCAUAUGAGAAUUCACACUGGAGAAAAACCUUACAUCUGCAAACUGUGUGGAAAGAGUUUCAGACAGAAAAGUACCCUUAAUGUCCACAUAAAAUGUCACACUGGAGAGAAACCUUACACCUGCAAACUGUGUGGGAAGAGUUUCUCAAAUGGAUAUUUUAAGACUCACAUGAAAAUUCACACUGAGAAGAAACCAUUAAUAUGCUCUCAAUGUGGAAAGAGUUUUACAGAGAAAAAAGACUUUAACUUCCACAUGAGAAUUCACUUGGGAGAGAAACCUUACACCUGCAAACUGUGUGGGAAGAGUUUCACACGUAAAGGAAGCCUUAAGACUCACAUGAGGAUUCACACUGGAGAGAGACCUUUCAUAUGUGUUCAGUGUGGAAAGAGUUUUACACAGAAAAGUCUCCUUAUUGGCCACAUUAGACUUCACACUGGAGAGAGACCUUUCACCUGCCCUCAAUGUGGAAAGAGUUUCACCCUUAAAAGAAACCUACAGGCUCACAUAAGAAGUCACACUGGGGAGAAUCCAUUCACAUGUGAUCAGUGUGGAAGGAGUUUCAGAUAUAAAGAAAACCUUAAUUAUCACAUCAGUAUUCAUUCAAGAGAGAAGAGUUUUAAAUGUCAUCAGUGCGAAAGGAGUUUCACAGACAUGAAUCACCUUCAGGAUCAUGUUAAAAUACAUAUUGGAGAAAAGCCUUUCAUGUGCCAUCUCUGUGGAAAGAGUUGCACAAAAGGAGGACACCUCAAGGAUCACUUGAGAACUCACACUGGAGAGAAACCUUUCGCCUGUCAACAGUGUGGAAAGAGUUUCAGGGCUAAAGGAAGCCUCAAGACUCACAUGAGGAUUCACACUGGAGAGAGACCUUACAAGUGUUUUCAAUGUGAGAAGAGUUUCAGAAGUCAAAGCAGCAUGAAACGUCAUUUGCAAACUCAUUCUGAGAAGAAUGUUAAUUGAUUAAACAUUAAAAAUAUAUAUUUUUACUGUUUUUUUGUUUUGUUUUCCAAAGCACCUAAAAGCCAAUUCACACCACCAUGCUCUAACAGUGAACACACUCUCCAAACAAAACAAAAUAAGAAUGUUUAAUUUUUAAAAGGCUUUUGUGGCAGUGUGAACUGACCAUAAUGCUGUAUGUUAGAUGUAAAAUUUGAAUUUCAUUUAUCUUGGUUUACUAUAAUUCACCUAAUUAUAAGUGCACCAGUGUGAAGCACAAUUCCCUGCAUGUUUGCGGUAGAUCCAUAAAGUGAUAUAUUUGUCACAGUAUUCUUUCAGUGGUUAACUGAUUAAGACAGUCUCUGGCUGCCACCUACUGCCAUAACAAUGUAACCUGCAAUGAAAGAAGCCCAGGCAUGAUAUCAGGGUUUCCAUGGGUCUUAAAAAAAGUCUUAAAUCAGAGCAGCAAGUCUUAAAUUCAUAUGAUGAUGGCAUUAAUCGUGAGGGAUUGUCUCCUCUAGUUUAAUUUUAAAAUAAAGCGAAAGCGUAAUUUCUGUGCUACAUGGCUUAGGUCGCUCAUUGAACAAUAUGUGGUAGGUGGCGGUAUGUGCUGCUUUAUCUGUCAGUCACCCGAAGAAGAACUUGACAAACAUGCGCAGAUGAACCCUUUCUUCUAAAGCGCGCAAUUUAGAUAUGUAUUUGGACUGGAAGGCCAAAAAAUACCUUGGAGAAAUGGGGAAAUGUUUAUUUCAGCCUAAAUGGACAAAAAAAUAAAAGGUUUGCGGGUUGGUUGAAGUCCAUACCAGGCAAUGUUUUUCAAGCUUAUUUUUCAACAUAUCGAAAGAAUUUCCAGUUGAGUACAAUGGGGAUAAAAGCAGUCAAAUCACACUUAGCCAGCACUAAACACAAAUUACACGAAGGUGUUGCCCAGAAUUUGAGAAUAUUCCAAUAUAAUAUCAAGACACAACCGCAAAAAAUACAAAGAGUGUGUCAGCUUUGUGUACAGAUGAAUCUCCCGCUGCAGUGGUUUCUUCUUUUGAGUCUCCCACUUCAAAAACACCUGACCGAAAUGACUUAAGGGUUGUAUUUGGCAGCACAUCAACACUGAAGUCACAAGUGUUAUGGGCAAUGCUUACAAGUAUGCUGCUAUGAGUCCUACAAAUAAAAUGACGAUAUUGAAAAGGUCUUUUGUGUUAUGUUUCCUGAUUCAGAACUGGCAGCGACAUUUUCAUGUGGAAAAGACAAAACAAGUUACUUGGUGAAAUUUGGAAUAGCACCAUUUACCAAACAGCAUUUGAUUUCAGACGUAAGCAAAGACUCUUUUGUGGUUAUGUGCAACGAGAGCCCUAACAGAAGUACCAACAAAAACAGCUGGAUCUGCAUAUUCGCUAGUGGGCUGGUGACUGCGUUUAGUCUCGAUAUUUUGGCUCCCAGUUCCUUGGACAUGCUACAGCUCAGGAUUUACUUAAUUUUAUGGUGAGUUUUAUACAUGCACAAUCUCUUUUCUUGUCAGCUUUUAUGAUUUGAUUAUGUAACUGAACUCAUAUUAAAAGUAAUUGUAACUAGGAAAUGUAUGUUUGCCGAAAAGCAGUGUUUUACAAAUCAUGGUCUAGAGCUGCACUUUAAAAGAUCACAAUCUCUAUUCAAUGGACAUUCAGAUCCAGAGAGAGCAGUUGACACGUAUGAAACAGCUUAACAGUCACUCAAUCACUCAAAUAAUAAUAGUACUGGGAUA